AUGCCCUAAGAAUGCGUUAAAGUCAUGGUCCGUGUUAGACCUAUGAAUGAUAAGGAAAGAUAAAAUAAUAGUAAAGAAUGCGUUGAAGUUGAUACUAAGCUUAAUCAAAUAGUACUUAGAAAACCAAAUGAGGCUGGUUCGGAAAAGGUAUUUACCUAUGAUGCUGUGUUCUAUCAAAAGGUAUAGCAAUAAUUAGUUUACGAAGCAAGUGCAUUUCCUUUAGUAGAAAGUGUUUUCGAAGGCUAUAAUGGUACUAUAUUCGCCUAUGGUUAAACAGGUUGUGGUAAAACGCAUACGAUGAUGGGAGACCCAAGCAAAGAAGAAGAAAAGGGAAUCAUUCCUAGAACAUUUUCUCAUAUUAUUAAUUUGAUUGAGACAACCAGUUCAAAAGAAUUUUUAGUUAGAGUCUCAUUUCUUGAAAUAUAUAACGAAGAAAUACAUGAUCUACUCUCAAAAGAUCCAAAAGCAAAGUUUGAGCUUAAAUAAUCACCUGAAAAGGGUGUUUUUGUCAAGGAUUUGAAUUAAAUUGUUGUUAAGUCUGUUAAAGAAAUGGAAAAUCUAAUGUACAAAGGAAAUGAAAAUCGCUCAGUAGGUGCUACAGCUAUGAAUAAAGAUUCAAGUAGAUCUCACAGUAUAUUUACAAUUUAUAUAGAAACAAGUGAAAUAGACUCAACAGGUAAUCAGCAUUUUCGUGCAGGAAAGUUAAAUUUAGUAGAUUUAGCUGGUUCAGAAAGAUAAAGCAAAACUCAAGCAACAGGUGAUCGUUUAAAGGAAGCAAAUAAAAUUAAUUUAUCACUAAGUGCUUUAGGUAAUGUUAUAUCUGCACUUGUUGAUGGUAGAACUCACCAUAUUCCAUAUAGAGAUUCAAAGCUUACAAGACUGUUGGAGGAUUCACUUGGUGGUAAUACAAAGACAAUUAUGAUUGCAGCUAUUUCGCCUGCUGAUUAUUCCUAUGAUGAAACAUUAGGUACUUUGAGGUAUGCUUCAAGAGCAAAGAAUAUUAAGAAUCAACCUAAGGUAAACGAAGAUCCUAAGGAUGCUUUGCUAAAGGAAUAUGCAGAGGAAAUUAAUAGAUUACGUAGAAUGCUCGAAAAUUAACCUAGUGGAGGAGGAGUAGCUAAUCAAUCUGAAAGUCCUAGCAAAAUGGUCAAGGGAAUUGAAAUUAGCGAAAGCUAGGUUAUUAGAAAUAAGCAACAAUUUGAAGAAUUAAAAAAGCUGCAAGAGCAAUAAGAAGAAAUGAAUUAAUAAAAGCAAAAAAUGAUGAAUGAAAUGUUGUAAAAAGAAGAAAAACUUUAAGAAGAAAAGAGACUUGUUUAAGAAAUGGCUGAAAAACUUAAAUAGUUAGAAUAAAAUAAAAUAUAAGGUGGUAAUGUUCAAGAAACUUAAUAGUCGGAGGCUUAAAAGAAGUAUUAAGAGCUUAGAAAGAAGUUAAAAAAGUAGAAUAAAUUGAAGGAGCAACUAUUAGAAGAGAAGAAAAAAAAUGAAGAAAAUUUAUUGUAAUAAGAAAAUGAAUUUAAAUCUUUAUAAGAGGAAGUGUCUUAACUUAGGGAGAAUAAUAAAAUUUUAAGAAAGAAACUAAAAUAAGCAUUAGAAGAGGUCAAAGAUCUUUAAAAUGAGCAUGAAGAUGACAAAGAAGAGCUCUUAGACACAAUUAGACACCUCGAACUUACAGAUAAAUUAAAUAAAGCUAUUAUUGACAUGCUUUUAACGAGAACAGAAUAUGAAAUGAUAAAAUCUUAGUCAACUUUCGAUGAAGAUUCAAACUCUUAUAAAGUCACUCCCUUCUUCUUUAAAAACAAAGAAAUAAGAUUUCCAAAGCUUCCUUAAAAUCAGGCAAUGGAAUAAGUAAAUAUCGAAAAGGAAUCAAGAAGGAUAGAGUUUGAAAAGACUUAAAACAGUACAAUGUUUGAAGUAGAUGAAUCUUAUUAAUCUAAAAGCUAAAUGGAUAUAUCUUUUAAUAGUAAUGAUAAAUAAAAUAGAGUAAACUCAAGAGGAAGAAGUAAAAAUCGUAAAAACAGUAUCACGAAGAUCAAUUAAAACAAUGCAAAAUAUGGCACGAAUCCAAAUCUCCCAACUGAAAAAUCUAAAAAUCACUAUAAUUAAUACAAUAUGCCCUCAUCUAACCUCCAUAAUAGACUAGGAAAUGAUAUAGAAAUAGUUAAUCAUUCAAAUCCAAAGAAAAAUAUAAAUGGCAUUAUUUUGGAUCCUGUUAAUAAUCCUAAUGCUAAUAAUUUACUAAACUUAAUAGAAAAAUCGAAUUAACCUAAUGGACAUUCUUCACAUUCAUAUUCUGCCUAACCAGAAGCAAGAAAACCAUAAAAAAAUGGCUAAUUAAAACCGCUUUCAAAUGCGCCUGCACCAAACUCCUAUUAAUUUAAUUUAAAUCCAAUGAAUAUAGAUCCAAUUAUGAAAGGAUACCAGAGAUAUGAUAACAAUAACAAUAAUAAUAAUAAUAAUAAUAAUAAUAAUAACAAUAAUUUGAGUAACUAUUGA